AUGAACGCAGACGAAUUCCGUAAGCGUGGCCGAGAGAUGGUCGACUACAUCGCUGACUACAUGACCGAGAUUCGAACCCGUAGGGUGACCCCAGAAGUGGAACCAGGCUACCUGAGAAACUUGCUGCCCUCGUCAGCGCCCAAGAAAGGAGAAGGCUGGGAGUUUAUCAUGGAGGAUGUUGACAAGGCUAUCAUGCCAGGGAUUUCUCACUGGCAGCAUCCGAAUUUUCACGCCUAUUUCCCAGCUGGCAACUCGUUCCCUUCCAUUCUAGGAGACAUGCUAUCGGAUGCCCUCGGCUGUAUUGGAUUUUCCUGGGCUGCUAGUCCUGCAUGCGCAGAGUUGGAGACACUGGUGUUGGACUGGGUGGGCGAAAUGAUUGGUCUGCCAAAACAAUUCUUACACAUCAACGGAGAAGGAGGCGGAGUAAUACAGGGCUCAGCUAGUGAGAGUGUCCUUGUCGCCCUGCUCUCAGCCAGACACAAGACAAUCAAACAGCUGAAAGAGAAACUACCAUACAUUGACGAUGGACAGUUGCUGUCAAAGCUUGUUGGCUACUGUUCGAAACUGGCCCAUUCCUGUGUAGAGAAAGCAGGCAUGAUUGGCUUUGUCAAGAUGAGACAACUCGAUGUGGACGAGAACUACUCGCUUCGUGGCCACGUUUUGGAAGAUGCUAUAGAGGAGGACAAGAAAAUGGGUCUGAUUCCUUUUUUUGUGUGUGCCACGCUCGGUACCACGGCUUGCUGCUCCUUCGAUAGCCUCAGCGAACUGGGUGACGUGGCCAGACGUCAGGGCAUUUACCUGCAUGUGGAUGCGGCGUAUGCUGGGAAUGCCCUCAUCUGCCCCGAGUUUCAGUAUCUCAAGGAAGGCGUGCAGAAUGCAAAUUCCUUGUGUUUCAACACAAACAAAUGGCUGCAGGUGAACUUCGAUUGCUCACUACUUUGGGUCCGCAGUGUUGAUGAUCUGACAACUGCCCUCACCGUAGACCCACUUUACUUACAACACAAGCACGGAGACAAGGCAAUAGAUUUGAGACACUGGGGUAUACCUCUGAGCCGGCGAUUUCGUGCACUGAAACUCUGGUUUGUGCUUCGAACAUACGGCAUCGAGGGACUGCAGAAACGCAUCAGGGAGCACUGCAGACUUGCCAAGCUGAUGGAGUCCAAGAUUCUGGGAGAUGAACGUUUUGAGGUUCUUGGUGACGUCACCAUGGGGCUUGUUUGCUUUCGUCUGAUUGGUCCGAACACGUUAACACAGAAGCUACUGAAGCUGAUCAACGAUGGAGGGCUGCUUCACAUGGUCCCAGCCAUGCUCAACGAGCAUUACAUCAUAAGGUUUGCGCUCUGCACGGAACAUGCUUGUGACGAGGACAUCAUGUUCGCCUGGAAAGUCAUCUCAUCGACAGCCACUGACCUACUGCACAGAAGAUUGUGUGUGGACAGCAACAAAGUGGACACCUAUGCCGACGAGGACGCAUUUGCUGCCUUCGACGACAAGAUUAUAUUUGAUAACCAGAGGCAGCAUCUUCAAAGAGCGCAGGUGAUGAGAAGCCUAUUUUUCAAAAUGGUCUCCGACCCAAAGUGCUACAACCCGCGAGUGCUGAGAUCUCUGAGUCGCCAGGUGCCAGUCUCAGGCAGGAACGCAGAAAACCAGACCCCACAACACGAGGACAACAUGUAUGAAAACACCGAUUCUGAGACGGACGAGGAAGACCAACUGAAGGAUCGCCAAGAUGAAAAAGGCAAUAAGAUAACAAAUGAUAAGAAUGCAGAGGAUGGAGGCCACUAUGGGUACACUGGAAGUAACCUGGAUAUGGAUCGUGGCAAGAAAAAUGUUCACUUUCAGGAAGACGCACAAAACGUGAAUGUUGAGACGCAGGAGAAGGAAACAGCACUGUAUCCCUCAAAUCUAGCACCAGAUGAACAUGUCAAUAACAUUGAAAAAAUCGAUGACAGAUUUGUCGGUUACGCCAAUAAAAACGGCAAUGUGCGAACAAGCGGUACAAGCGGUAAAGAUAGGCGGAGACUCCUGAGCCGUUGCAAAACACAUGAUAUUGAUGAUCUGGAUGAGAGAGUCCUGGGGCUCCUACUCGGAGAUUCCCCGGCUAAAGAAGACGCAAAGAUCAUUCUAGAGCGAGCGCCCGCUUGUAGCGCUGCAAUCUAG